AUGGCACCGCAGCCGGUUAUGCGGUUGGUGCCCUGUAUCCAGAUUCACAGCAUCGACUGGUAUAAGGCCGACGACGACGUUGGGCGUACAGAGUGGGUCUACGUCGCCGACUCGAGCAGCUUGAGUCUCGUCGAGGCCCAGACACCGCUGGACGAGAUCGUGUUUGCAGAGAACCCGUGGGUCCAGGAAGCCGCCUGGUUGCUGCCAGACCUCAUAACCAUGAUUUCCGUCAUGAACUCGACGCUCCUGCUCACGUUCGACAACAUUGAUGGCUAG